AGUGCAGCCGCCGCCGCUUCCUCCUCCUGAGCCGACCCGCCGCCGCCAGCCGCCUCCGGGGGCCCCGGCCGGUGCUGCUGCUGCUUCCGCCGCUGGUGCCGCCUUCGCCCCAUCGCCGCGCGCACCACUAGCGAGAGAGAGAGGGGGGGGGGAAGCUCCCAGGCGCCCCGGAAGAGGAACCUGCAGCCGCUUCCGGGUCUUGUAGGCUACUAAAGAUGGCCGCCCCCACCAGUAGCCGCCGCGGCGGGAAGGAAGAGAAAGAGGAAAGGGUUGAUAUGGCGACAGCGCUCCCCCCCCACCUCCUGCUCCUGCUUUUGGUGCUGCCUCGGAUGGGAGGACAAGCCGCUGCCGGGAAGAUGAAAGUAGUGGAGGAGCCCAACAGCUUCGGGCUCAACAAUCCCUUCCUGCCUCCCUCGAACCGCCUCCAGCCCAAAGCGGCCCCCUCCCCUCUGUCAGGUCCUGCACAUCUUUUUAGACUGGCAGGCAAGUGCUUCAGUUAUGUGGAGUCUUUGUACAAAUAUGAGUUCUGCCCAUUCCAUAAUGUCACACAGCAUGAGCAGAGUUUCCGGUGGAAUGCCUACAGUGGGAUUCUCGGAAUCUGGCAUGAAUGGGAAAUUGAAAACAAUAUGUUUGUUGGGAUGUGGAUGAGAGAUGGAGAUUCAUGUGAAACCAAGAACAGACAGACAAAGGUUCUUCUUGUAUGUGGAAAGAACAACAGAUUGGCUGAUGUGUCUGAACCAAGCACUUGUGUUUAUUCUCUUACAUUUGAAACUCCACUUGUUUGUCACCCACAUUCUCUCUUAGUGUACCCAGCUUUGCCUGAAACCCUCCGGAGAAAGUGGGAUGAAGUGGAGCAGUUGCGUCAUGAUGAGCUAAUCACAAAACAGGGAUACAAGAAACGGUUGAGAGAGAUAUUUGAAGAAGCUAGCUUUUUUAAAUUUACAGGAGAGAAAGUGAGUGAAGGAAAGAGAACAAAACCUCAAAAUCUGGAAUUCCACUCGCUGGAAAAGUGCAAUAAGGAGUACAAAGAACUUUCAAAAGAUUUGAAGAAACUUGCAGAUUUAUUAACUCAACAUGGAAUUCCAUAUGAAACAAUCCUUAAUGGAAACAGAAAUGCUAACCACAUCACUCAGACAGUUGUGACAGAAAAGCCAUCUCUUACCACUGUUUCAAAGGCUGAUUGGCACCUGCAUGGAGACACAGGAACUUGGAAUGACUCCCUCUGAAGAAAUCCGGCUGGACAACUUGCUGAGCAUUGGGUUUUUCACGGCAAUAAGAGCUGAAUCCAUAUUAUGUGAUUAUACUUGGGAUACAGAAGCUGUGGCCCUCCAGAUGAUGAUGGACAUCAGUUCCCAGCAUCCCUGGCCAUAGGCCAACCUGGCUGCAGCUGAUGGGAGUCCAAGAACAUAUGGAGAGCCACAGGUUUCCCAUCCCUUUUCUGUACUUGUAAGGGAAGAGCAGACUUGGACCGUAUUCUCUGGAGACUGACAUCUGGUAUGAGCCUUGGCUGCCCAUUCUGGAUUCUUUUCUAGAGUGAGGGCAAAUGUGCCUGUCCCUUGAAGCUCUGCCAGCCUCUUUGAGCUGUACCCUCUUGCUUCAUGACAGAGUGUUCAAGUGAGGGAAACAAGCUUAUAGUCCAGAGGAGGAUCAUCCAAUAAAUUCAAGCCCUUGUGAAUUAUUUGAUGGGACAACUUCUGUGCUAGAAGAUGCUUACUGUUCCAUCUUCUCUGUAGCACAUCAUCUAGUUUGAUGUUUAAAAUACAGUCCUAAUUCCAACUAUACAAAUAGGGCCCAGAUGGUGCCUGCUGACCUGUUAAUGAUUUUUUUAUUUUGCAGCCAUGCACCUUCCUCCAAGCCCUGCUUGUCAAUUCUUUCUAAAGCUCUCCCUCCCUCAUCUACAAGCCACAGGGGUUCAUGAGCAUGCAGAUCCUUGUGUCUAUCUUGCAUGGCUUGGAAAAGAACCAUAACACUGUGCAUAGAGAAGAUCCCAGGCUUAACCUCCAUGUAGGGCUGGGAAUAUUAUCUGUGUCAGCAAUCCUGAGCUAGAUGGGCCAAUUCUCUGAUUCAGCAUAAAGCAGAUUCCCGUGUUCCUAUGGAGAAUGAAUGGGUAAAGGGGUCAAGGCAUGUUUUUCAGAGUACUGUGAACUUUCAUGCAUAUUAACAGUUCAUGCUACUUUCACUUCUCACAAAUGUAUGAAUGUUUAUUGCAGCUAGUAAUUUAGUACCUGGGCUCCAGAGGCAGCAAUUACUUGACAUGAUUAUGUGUUGGUCUCUAAGAGUCCUUGUUGUGUUUGCUUCAAGACACACUGGCACUACUAGCCCUCUGGAAGUUUGAAUGACUUGUGCUUCAGGGUGAGGAACCUCAGGCCCCGGUGUCCUAGGUGUCCAGACCUCUGUCCCUGGCUACUGGAAUUCUCCCCAGGCUGCACCCCUACUUCAUACCCACCUUUUUUUUUUCUGGCUGGCAAACUGUCCCUCUUGAUUGUCUGGAUAGAGAGGGGUGUGAGAGCAGCAACUAGCCUCCUGUACAAAGGUGAAAUUGGCAUUCAUGGCUUUGUCCACUUGUGCCUUUGGCCCCAACCACCACUGUCAUGUGACUCCUGGAAGAUUGCCCAGAAGGGAAUGUGGCCCUUAGUGUGAAAAAGUUCCCCACCUCUCCUGGGUUUCCCAGUGCACCCACCCUGAUUCUCAGUGAUGCAUGUGCUCCUGUACAUGUUUGCAUGAAUGGGUGCCAUGUGAACUGCAAACUGCAGCUCCAAUGGCUGUUCAGAAACCCAUUUGGAAAUGUCUUUCCCUGUUCUCAACAUAAAAAUCAAAUGUUUCACAUUGGCAACUGCAGUGCUUGGAGAUAACUUGGUGGCUGCCGUGUGAAUCAGCUGUUUGUAGAUGACUAUUGAAAAGCAUUCUUAAGGGACAGGCCUACUGUCUGGCAAGGUUAUCAUACCAUGUGCCUCUUGCAAUGCAGAAAGGUGAACAGGUUUCUUGAACACUCAAAUGCAGGAAACCCCUGCGCUGCCUGCCGUUUGUGCACAACCCCUGUGAUGUUUUUGUGGGAAUAUGCAACAGAUACUUGGGGUGCUGGGGGAUGGGAUUUGCUUGCUUGUGUUUGCUGUUCCUUUCUCUGUGUGUCGCAUCUUCAUUGUCUCAUCCAUCCAUGGCUUGCGUCUACUUUAAUUUCUGAUUGUUCAGGGGAAAAAGUCUUAAAUCUAUUUUCAGAUGUUUAUAUAGUGCUCAUUCUGUUGAAGCCCCUUUUACAUUUUCAAAAAAGUGCCCCCUCCUCCGUUUGGUCAGAUUAACUGCCUGUACCUUUCAUUGGGAGAACCAGUAGUGAGGCUCAGGAGGGAGAAGAGGCAGCUCACUUCCGCCUUUGGCCACAGUAGUUUGCAGUUAAGCAGCUGCACAUGGGAGCUGCUUUUAGCCAGACUGAGCUUCCCUUCUGUGGGGUUUUGCAAGAAGCCAGAAGAAGAGUCACACUGUUGGCUCCUCUUCGCCACUCUUGAGCUGCCCUGCAAACUGCUUGUCACUAUAAGGGAGGCUGUAGCAUUUCAGUCUGAAUGGAUGGAACCUCAGAAGACCAGAAUAUGGCAAGUGCUCACUGCAGCUAGAAUUUUUGAAAAUGUAUGUUCAUAAAGUUUUGUGAAAUUAUCAUCAGUAAGGCAUUUAUGGCUCAGUGGGGAGACUGGGGGAAUUAUUAGGGUGUAUUCGAGAGCAAUUUAUCUCUGUCUAAAUGAUGAUAAAAGGGAUUUCUUGUAUUGCCCAUAUCCCAGUGGGUUCUAAUGAGGGUUGAUUCCUGAUCUGUAAUGUAAGAGUCUGACCGACUAUAAAUACUAAACUACUGUCUCCUUGUAAUUGCAGCAGUUGCUUUGCUCCUCUUUUGGAGCUUGUUAUCCCUGCUUUAACCCUUGAUCCAAAGUCUCCAGGUGGGCAGUCCAUAGCUGCUGCCUUAAAAGUGCAGGGAGGGCUAAAAGGUCUGGGAGGGCUCAGUGGGAGAAUUUUGCACACACCCACCUAUAGUGAGUUUCUAAAGAAAUGGAAGUAAAUUUUUGUUGUCGUUAAGCUUGUAAACUCCAUGUCAUAGGGAGCUAUCUUCCUGCUUUGAAAAGGACUAUGGACAUAUAAGUAGGACAUUCAGAAAUUUAUUCAAGGUGGAAGUAGAUACCCCAAAUGUGAGUGCUGUACACAAUAAUCAUAUUGAAAUAGAGAGUCUGUACAAAGCCUUGAUGUUUAAAUCAAGAAAACAUUCUGCACAUUUUAGAAAGUGAAAAUGUAUCCCCCCCCCCCAAUUUCUCAAUUUCCAUACAGCUCACACCUAUUCUCUCAUAACACUAGAUGGGAAGGGACUGUCUUCACUCAGUAGUGACUAUAGUCAGUGGUGCAGGAAACCUCACAUGCUCAGAGGCACUUAUAACUCAUAAUGUUCUUACUCAAUUUGGUUCCCAUCUUUCAAACUUAACCAUUAUAUGUCUAACUAUUUAGACGCCCUCGACUCUGCCCCCAUCAGAAGAGCUUUUACAUCCCUCCGAUUCCAAACUAUGCCCACGGCCUAUAUAGAGGGUAGGUACAGCGGUAUACCAGUGGCUCAACGUCAAUGUGUCUAUGGAUGUAAGGCAAUAGAAGAUUUAGUCCACUACCUACUUUACUGCCCUCUACACGAAAACCCCAGAGGGAAAUUUUUAUCCGUAAUUUUAGCCCUUUUAACCUGUCAUACAGACGAAGAGAAGGUCAAUUUUCUUUUAUGCGAUAAUAACAAUUCAGUGACCCUGGCAGUCGCCAACUUUGCCUUGGCGGCCCAAAAUCUGAGGAAAAUUUUUGUAAAAGGGCCAACGCCCUGAAAAGCUAACCCAUUUAUUUUAGCAAGACACUGAUUUUAAAAAUACUUCUAUCUUUUGUUAUUCUAUGUACAUUUGUAACCUUGCACAUGGCCUAUGGCUUAGUCUGCAAUAAAGUUUGUUGUUGUUCAUAA